CGAAAAAUGUUAAGAGAACUAAAUAACAAAUAUCUUGGAUUGUAUCAUACUUUUUAAAUAUAAGCAUUUACCUUAAAGUAAAAAGCAUUAAUUUAUAAGCAAAAUUAAAUUUUGAAAAUUUUUAAGUAAACUAAUUUUGAUGGUGCAUUUAUUUUAAAAUUAAAAAUGGGUGGAUUAUUUAGUUAUUUUCGAGGAUUAUUAGGAUCACGAGAAAUGAGAAUUUUAAUAUUGGGGUUAGAUGGUGCCGGCAAAACUACAAUAUUGUAUAGACUUCAAGUAGGAGAAGUUGUAACAACAAUUCCAACUAUUGGUUUUAAUGUUGAAUCAGUUACAUAUAAAAAUUUAAAAUUUCAAGUAUGGGAUUUAGGAGGGCAAACAAGUAUUAGACCAUAUUGGCGUUGCUAUUACAGUAAUACAGAUGCAAUAAUCUAUGUUGUUGAUUCAGCUGAUAGAGAUCGUAUAGGAAUUUCAAAAGAUGAAUUGUUGCAUAUGUUAAAAGAAGAAGAGCUGGCAGGCGCUAUUUUAGUUGUAAUGGCCAAUAAACAAGAUACCGAGGGUUGUAUGUCAGUUGCCGAAGUUCAUUCUGCAUUGGGCCUAGAAAACUUAAAAUUUCGAACAUUUCAAAUAUUUAAAACAUCUGCGACGAAAGGCGAAGGUUUAGAUGAGGCAAUGGAAUGGUUAUCAAAUGCUUUAAAAACUAGGAAAUAGUCUAGUUUAAAUUUAUAUACCUGUAUACUUAUACUAUAAAUAAACAUACAUAUUAUAAAUCAAUAAAAAAUAAUUUUGUAAUUCAAAAAAAUCCAGUAAAUAAUGUAAUUGUUAUUUAAAUUUACUCUAUAUUGUUUUUUUGUUUUUAUUAUAAAAGUUAUAUUAAUAUAAUCGAAACGUACUAAAAAUUGUACAUUUUUAAAAAAUGUAGUUGUAAUAUACUUAUAAUUAAAUUAGAAUAAAUAAUAUUUAAACAUUGGCAGAAUUUUUCAAAAUUGGUAAAAACUUACUUACCUUCAUGUACAUGAAUUUAAGACAAUAAGUCGUUUUUCAAAACAUUAUCACAAUUAUUUGGUAGUUGAAUGUUUUACUUUUGAUUAUUUAUUUAAAAUUCAUGAUUAGAAAAUUAUAUAGCUAAUAUUUUUGG